UCCAGGGCCGGACUGGGGAUGACGAGGCGGCCCUGGCUGCACGUAGCGAGUAGAUGGGCAAAUCUAGCCGGCGACCGCAUGCAGCAGCAGCUGAGCAGGGUUUCCCGUGAAUUGAUGAUGGAUACCACUCACUCGGAUAUGUCAAGCUGCCCACUUGUCCUUGAUGAUGUUCACACUGAAGUGAAAGCUGAGAGACCAAGAGUGAUAUCAAAGAGUGGGCACAGCAAUGUGAAGAUUGACAAAGUGGAUGGGGUCUUCCUACUUUACCUUCAAGACUUAUGGACCACUGUAAUUGACAUGAAAUGGAGAUAUAAGCUCACCUUAUUUGCCGCCACCUUCUUCUUGACGUGGUGUUUCUUUGGAGCCAUUUACUUUCUCAUCGCUUUUGUUCAUGGCGAUGUUCAGGGUGAACUUUUGUCAAACCACACACCAUGUGUUAUGAACGUUGACUCCUUCACGGGGGCUUUUCUUUUCUCUCUUGAGUCUCAGACCACCAUUGGGUACGGAUUUCGUUUCAUCACCGAAGAGUGUCCCCAUGCCAUUUUCCUACUGGUUGCACAGUUGGUAAUUACAACAUUAAUUGAAAUUUUUAUCACCGGGACUUUCCUGGCCAAGAUUGCAAGACCCAAAAAACGAGCAGAAACUAUAAAAUUCAGCAACCAGGCAGUCGUCACAAAGCAUAAUGGGAAGCUCUGUCUAGUUGUACAAGUAGCCAACAUGAGGAAAAGCCUUCUUAUACAAUGUCAGCUUUAUGGGAAGCUUCUUCACACGUACGAGACUAAAGAAGGUGAGAAGAUCCUGCUUAAGCAGGCCAAUAUGAACUUUCACGUUGACUCCUCUUCUGAAAGCCCUUUUCUGAUCUUGCCUUUAACCUUUUAUCAUGAACUCGAUGAGAACAGUCCUCUUAAGGAUCUGACAGCUGAAAAUAUAAAGACAAAAGAAUUUGAACUUGUCGUUCUUCUAAACGCAACCGUCGAAUCUACCAGCACGGUUUGCCAAAGUCGAACAUCCUACCUUCCUGAUGAGAUCUACUGGGGUUAUGAGUUUGUCCCUGUUGUUUCUUUGUCACCUCAUGGCAAAUACGUAGCUGAUUUCAGCAAUUUUGAUAAAAUCAGAAAAUGUAAGCCAGAGGAACAUUUCUGCUAUACAAAUUUUGAAAAACAGAGACUGGAAGAACAGUACAGACAGCAAGAGUUAAGAGACAGAGAAAAACAGUUGAUACAAACUAAUGUUUAAUAAAUACCAACAUUAUUUUUAUACCAGACUACAAAAAAUGGCAAAAUAUCCCUUUUUAUCAGAUGUUUUUUAUGUGGUAAUAGUUGUUAUAAGAUGAUAGGUUAUUCUGUGGGACCGGUCUACAAUGGGGAAAACUACAAGACUUUUGUUCUUAAAUCAACUCAAGAUCAAAGCGUCCCCCAUAUUCCCAGGGUAGCCUACCCAGAGCCUUUCCUCUUCUGAAGGGGUGAGGCUGGCCGUGCAUGGAGGUGGGGAUCGCUUUUUAUAUGGGUUGGGUAGAGUGGGAGAGAAAAUGGGUGGGAAGUGGGAGAGGAAGUGGGCGGGGAGUAGGUGUGGUUAACAAUGCUUUCUUUCUCGGAGAAAGAAGAAACUGACCUGGACACUCAGGGAAUGCGAGUUUCACUCUAAAAAUUGGGUCAAACCCGGAGAGUCCCAGGUAUGGUUGAAUAGCAAAACAAUUCAUCACAAAGUAAAGAAAUAAUUAUUUUUAUACAGUAUAAUUACUAUAAAAAAAGGAAGGACACGCUUUAUGAAUUAAUUCAAUGAAAUACAAGGUUUGCUGAUUCUAGGUGGAAGGGUGGAACCAAUAAAAAAAAACAAAAAAACAUAAAUAUAAAAAAACACAUACAUCCACGAAAACACAUACGUGUGUUUCUUUAGAAAGAUGUCAAUGAAAACUGAAUCAACAAGAAGAUUUAUACAAUAAGCUGCGCUGUAUUAAGGCUGCAGGAUUGAUGAUUCAGAGGAAAUACCCCGUGCUGCUUACA